AUGCAGGCAGUGGCAGCACAUCGGGGCAUGACGGUGCGCGUGUCAGCGCUGCCGCUGGUGGGCAUGGGGGCGCCAUACCACCGCCACGGCAUCCCCACCAUCGGCCCCGCCAAGACCAUGCCCAGUGGCGGGUUCAUCUACAUGGACGGCAAGCAGCUCGCAAAUGACGUGGCAGCGGGUCUGCUGGACCUCACGCUGCAGCAGUGGCAGGCAAUGAAGCGGUGGGUGGAGGCGCAGAGCAGCACGACAGGCGCCAUCGUGGCCGUGGGUGACGUCUUCCCCCUCGCCCUCGCCUGCCUCGCCUCCCACCACGCCACCACGCUCCCUGCCACUGCUGCGCCCAGCACUGCCCCAGCAGCAUCACGGCCAGCGGCACUGCCCUUUGCCUUCAUGGGCACGGCCAAGAGCGAGUUCUACAUCCGCGCGGACCACGCCCGCCUGCUGCCCUCGCAGGCCACAACAUUCGCCCGCCUUACUGUUCAAGUGGGAAACCAGGAUGCAUCCUACGGCCGUCCAUCCGUGUUCCUUCACCACCCUCCCACCCCAUCCCCCACCGUGCGCCUCUCCCCUGCCAGGCUGGCGGCAGUGAGGGACCGCCUCACUGCUCAGGUGCUCGCCCAGAACAUGCUCUUGGAGGAAGCUUCCCCCUCUGCUUCCUCCUCGUCCUCCCCUGGCACGGUGCAGGAUGGCAGCGAGGCAGGGCUGUUCAGACGGGGCAAGGUGGCGUACCUGGGCAACCCCAUGAUGGACCACAUGGCGCCAUCGCCCCACCUGCACACCUUCAUCCGCACCCACCUCCGCGCGUGGCUGCACCACCGCACCACCCGUGAUGCGCACAGCGAGGGGGGCGCUCAUACCACGGCACCAAACGGGGCGCCUCCGGGCGAUGCAGCGUGCCAGAGCAGCAGCAGCAGCAGCAGCCCGUUCCGCCACGUCUUUGCCAUCCUGCCCGGAUCCAGACCGCCUGAAGUGGCGGGGAAGCUGUGUGUCGAUGCCAUUUUCUGUCAACCAUGGACGCUCUUCUACCUUCAUGAAUGUCCCUCUGCCACGUCUUCCAUGAGCAUAUGCUGGCUGCCGCUCAGCCCGUCCCGACCCACGUCAGAAGGGGCGGGAGGAGGGGCAGAGGCGGGGUGGGUAGAGCUGGACGGGGAGGGGUUGCUGCAGGGGCUUGUGCUAAUCCUACCUGAGCGAGAGGAAGAGGAGGAGGCACAUGGUAAUAGCAGAGCGUGGCGAGGAGAGAAUCGGGCUGUUGUUGCUCUUGGAGGGGCACAAGAGGAGGGGAAGGGAGGGGGCAGUAUUGCUGCAGGGGGGAGCAGCGGUGGGGCAGCGAGCAGUGGUGUGGGGAGCACGGGGGGGGUGCGGGCGGUGGUGGUGGUGGUGAGGGGGGGAUUCGCAGAGUGCGCUCAUGAGGCCCAUGGCGCCCUGGCCAUGGCUGGCACGGCCACCGAGCAGAUGGUGGGGCUGGGCAAGCCGGUGUUCAUCAUACCGGGCAAGGGCCCUCAGUUCACGGCAGUCUUUGCCGAGGCACAGACCCGCCUGCUGGGGAAAUCUGUUAUUCUGUCAAGUUCUCCUGAAGAACUGGGGGCAGCCGCUGCAGCGACAAUGGCAGAUGCAGCGCUUCUCCAGGAGAUUGCAGCUAAUGGCAGGAUACGAAUGGGUGGGCCGGGUGGAGCUAGACGGAUUGCAACUGCUGUAUUGGAUGCUUUACUUUGGUGA